AUUAAUUCGCACGGGUAUCAACUGUCUAUUUAGCGCGAUUCAUUUACUGUCGUCUGCAAGAUGUCUAUUUCUCUCGAGACCAGCGCGGGCUACAUAGACUCGGAGUACAGCGACUUUGAACACGCUUACUCGGUGUCUAACGUUUCCAGGACAUCACCAAAAUUCGGCAGAGAUGGCAUGCAAUGGAAUUAUAAUCGCAACGUGUUUAGUAACUUUGAACCUGCUUCAGUCAGGCAGGAUCAGAGUACUAUCAAAACACUGGAACACAUUGACGUGAACGCCUACAAUAGAUUGAACCAGCCCGUGCGCCCGUUGAAUACAGAUGAUUAUGACACUGCUACAGAUACUGACGCCUACUACGAAGAUAGCAGGAAAGGAUUUGUAAAUGAUGAAUCAUACAAAUACGACAGAAGUGGGAACGAUUUUAAAUGGUGGUGCGAUGAGCAGGAGGCAUCUGAUUUUUCAAUAGCUAACACCGGAGAGGAUGUAACGCCGAUUAAGUUGGACGACAGUACUCCCAUAGAGGAUAGCAAGUUGCUAUCUCAGUUUAAGGCAGUGCAAUCAUGUGGCCAGCUAACGGAGCGUACCCAAUGCGGAUCCUCUAUCUCAGAUGACUGGGAUGACAAUGUUAGCAUUGCAUCACGCGUAUCUACCAAAGAAGCCCCUGUUAUGCCUCGUGAGGAUGAAUGGUCAAGUUUCAUGAAACCAGCUGACCAGUCCGAGGAGCUUGAUUUACUCAAGCAGCAGAUAAUGCAGCGUUUGGGAUUUAAAAUCGCUAACAUGGAGGUGCAUAAAAAAGUGUCUAAACGAUCUGUCGAAAGCUUCGAGGCUGCAACGCAGACUAACGAUGACAGCUUUGGGUAUGACUACAGGGAGCGUGAGUCAGCGUGGCUAAGAGAAGUCAACGAACUUCUGGCCACCAAGUUCGUUGACAUCGUGAGUAACGGCAAGCUCAUGGCCUACAAGACGGAACAAAGGUUUAUCGAGGCCUUGCAGGCACAUUUAAAUCGAUCGCAGAAUGAAAUUGAUCGUCUAAUGCAUUUGAAAAAUGAGGUUGUACAAGAUCAACAGUACGACGAACUCAUUAGGGAAUUGGAUGACCUGAAAGCCCAGAACUCACGACUACAGGAGGAUGUCGAUGAGCUUAACUCGCAGCUGGAGGAGUUGCAGCACGUAGCACCCGUGGCUGAACGUGCACGUAAGCUGGAGCAGAAACUAAGGGAGGAGAAGGCCUCCAAGAAGGCAUUGAUGGACGAUUUCACAAAGACACUGGGCUACAUGAGGUUGAUGAAGGACAGGCUCAAGACACUAUCGGGGGACAAACAGCUCCCUAAAGAGCCGGAGCGUAAUGAAGUGCCACCAAAGCCCAGGAAUAACACGCAACCAACUCCUCUCAAGGGAUGCAUCAAGCGGUCUAACACAACAAGUUGUACACCGGUUAAACAAGAUCGAGUUAAAUUUGCGGAGACUUCAGAUGUUUACUACUUGCCAAAGCGGUCCAACUCAGAGCUGGGACCCUAUGUCGCCGACAUGAAGAAGCAAAUGCCGAUAUUACCAUGUAAAAUCAGACCCCAAAAGCAAAAGUCGCAGCAAUCUGGCGGCUUAAUGGGAUUCUUUAGGAAUAUCAAGCAGACGUUUACCAACAACUCGAGGCAUAGUUCUCCCAAUGCAAACGUACUGAAAGUACCCACUAAACAGGACUCGCAGACACAGCGUCAGCUAGAAAUGUACAGGCAGCACUUGCAUUCACGCGGACUCGUGUAAA